AUGGCCGAUGUGGGCUCCCACCAUUUCAUGAAAUCAUCGUCGAAAUCCGAUCGAGUUCUGGUUCCUCAGCCAUCACAGGACCCGCACGAUCCUCUUAACUGGAACCAGUUCUGGAAAAUGAGCGCCAUGACGAUUUCGACACUGACAUCCUUCAGCCAGGGCAUCGGCCCGUUGGCUCUGGCUCCGAUGUUUCCGCAGUUGAUGGAGGCCUUUCACUCGGGUCUGGCUGGUGUAGUACAGUUCACCGGGGUAUGCAUCUUGGUGCUGGGGUUCAGCAAUUUCUUCUGGAUUCCCAUUCAAACUACAUAUGGACGGCGACCGGUUUUGAUAUUUUCGACAUUGAUCUGUAUGAUCAGUAAUAUCUGGCGAGCAAUGGCGACUAGCUAUGGCAGUUAUAUGGGAGCCUGCGUGCUGAACGGGUUCGGGGCGGGUCCUGCAGAGGUGUGUCAAUUUAUCACUUUCAGUGAAUCGGUACUGAUCCUUCAGACCUCUCAACCUGAGAUCAUUGCAGAUCUCAUGUUCUUGCAUGAGCGCGGCGCCUACAACACAAUGUAUUUCACAGCAUACUUCGGGGCGCUCAUGGUCGGUCCCAUCAUUGCCGGCCCCAUGGCCGAGCAUAGCGGCUGGCGAAGCUUCUUCUGGUUGAACGUUGGGAUCCUCGGGCUGGUCCUCGCCCUUCAGAUAUUCCUGUUUCCCGAAACAAAGUGGCAUCGCGUUCAUCCGGAUGAGCUUGAUCAGAUCUCACAUUCCAGUACGGCCACCGAUGACUUCGAUACCGAAAAGCCUGUCGAGGUAGCCCAGCAUGAGAACAUAACCGAGACCGAGGGUGAUCCUGAACUGCACAAAGGCACGCCGAGUUGGAAACAGUUUAGGCUCUGGCAAAUGAACGGAAGUAAUCUUCAGACUGUCCUUCGGAGCUUCUAUAUACCGUGGAAGCUGUUGACUUUUCCCAUUGUGGAGCUUGCUGCGUUUGUCGUGUCGUGGUCGGCCAGUUGCUUUCUCACGCUGAAUCUCACGCAGAGCCAGGCAUUUGCGGAACCACCGUAUAACUUCAGCAGUCAGACCAUUGGCUUCUUCAAUUUUGCCAUUUUGAUAGGAGCUUUCAUUGGGCUGACCACUAAUGGCCUGCUUUCGGACUGGGUGUCCAUGAGGGCCACUCGGAAGAAUCGGGGGAUUCGAGAGCCAGAAAUGCGUUUACCUGCGAUGAUACCAUAUGUGAUCAUUUCGAUCAUUGGGAAUUUCGUUGUCGCUUUUGGGUAUCAGUAUAAGUGGGACUGGAAGAUCAUUGUGAUCAUCGGAUACACUGCAGCUGGAAUCCAGGUCGCGGCUCUGCCGGCAAUCACCAGCACCUAUGCAGUCGACAGCUAUAAGCCGGUGGCGGGCUCUAUCAUGGUGUCGAUCACUGUCAAUAAGAAUCUCUGGGGGUAUGGGUUUAGCAAGUUCAUUACUCCCUGGGUUGAAGAGAGCAGGUUCGUCAAACCGAUCAUGCUGAACAUGACCUUGGCAACACUGUGGUGUCUCUGCGCCAUCCCCUUCUACUUCUAUGGCAAGAAAUGUAGAGGGUGGACCGCCAAGUCUUCCGUACACAAGCUGUAG